AUGGGUCUGCACUCAAGAAACAUCGCGAGCCUCAACGGCUUAAGGCUGUUGACCUUUUCUCAGAGAAGCGUCGGUUUCCUCAGCAAAAGGCCCAAACCAGAGACUAGGGGCUUUCCGCCCUCACAGCGCUACCUGAUCUUACCACGGCAUGAUGCCAAACCGAAAGUGCGCCUAUCUAAACUGAUAGCGGUGGCUGCCACCAGCGGCUUGUUUGCGGUCUGGCUUUACCCGGCUGAUGCAUUCCAGCAUAGCGACGGUAUUAGGAGAAAUCUGGCCCCAGGGAAUCCCCGGGUAACAUCAGACCAGACCCGUGAUGCUGAGGGCGAGUGCGACGAGAGCGCGAGCGCGUGGAACAGAUUUGUCCGGAACCUCGAGUCGCUUGUUCCGUCAACAGACGGCCUGUCCGAAAAGGUGGUCGACUUGAUCAUGCCCGAGUGGACGAGGAACAUACCCGGCUACGUCAGAAAGCUGCAGCGCGAGUUGAACAUGGCUCCCGGAUCACUGGCCGCCGAAAUCUGGCAGGAGGCACAUGAUCCAUUUAUCCACCCCGAGAUUCGCUACUCGGCAAACGUUCGUGUCUCGGACGACCUCUGCGACGACGAGAAGACGUUCCUAGAGCGUAGAAAGAAGGUCAUUGUGCCUGCGCUAGCCAGGUAUCUUGGGCUGAAUGAGGAGGAUAUUCACCCAGACGACAUCCCGACCAUCGCCAUGUGCGGUUCUGGAGGUGGUCUGAGGGCACUCGUCGCCGGGACAGGGUCUUACCUAGCAACGGUAGAGGAUGGGCUCUUCGACUGCAUCACCUAUUUGUCGGGCGUCAGUGGCUCUUGCUGGCUUCAGACGCUGUAUUACUCGUCGGUGACAGGGGCCGAUUUUCGGCGAGCUAUCGACCACCUCAAGGCUCGGCUUGGCACUCACAUCGCAUACCCGCCCGUGGCCUUCGUUUCUCUAAUGUCUUCUCCGACAAAUAAGUACCUGCUAAGCGGCUUGGUGGAGAAACUCAAGGGCGACCCCGGGGCCGAGUUUGGGCUCGUCGACAUUUACGGGAUACUCCUGGCUGCGAGAUUGUUAGUUCCAAAAAAUGAGUUGGGGGUGAACGAGAAGGAUUUCAAGCUGUCAAACCAGGCAGAAUUCAUACGAUACGGCCAAAAUCCACUGCCCAUCUAUACUGCAGUGCGGCACGAGAUACCCGAGUUGGAUUCUCCAGAUUAUGGCGGCCCGGGGUCCAUCUCAGAGGAGGCCAAGGAUCGGGCCAGAAGAGAGGCGUGGUUUCAGUGGUUCGAGAUCACGCCCUACGAGUUCUUUUGCGAGGAAUUCUCAGCCGGGAUUCCUACAUGGGCGCUAGGCCGAAGGUUCAAAAAUGGCUCAGACGUGCCUGAGCCUUCUGGGUUUCGCCUGCCGGAGAUUCGUAUGCCCUUACUCUUGGGGAUUUGGGGCAGCGCAUUUUGCGCAACUCUGAGCCAUUACUACCGCGAGAUCAGGCCGCUCGUCCAGAGUAUUGCCGGCUUCACCGCGGUUGACGAGCUAAUAUGGGGCCAUAACAAAGAUCUCAGCAUGGUCCACCCCAUCGAGCCGGCGACUAUCCCUAACCCAGUCCACGGCAUGUACGGCAAACUCCCGCAGGCAGUGCCCCAAGGAGUCUACGACAACCAGUACAUUCAACUCAUGGACGCCGGCAUGUCCAACAACCUACCCAUCUAUCCUCUUCUCCGGCCCGGCCGCGACGUGGAUCUUAUCAUAGCAUUCGACGCUUCAGCCGAUAUCAAAACCGACAACUGGCUCUCCGUCGUAGAAGGCUACGCCCGACAGCGAGGUAUCAAGGGCUGGCCGGUAGGCAUCGGCUGGCCCAAACCCUCCGAGCCGCCCGCCGAAGCCGCCGCCGAGCUGGACCAGGCCCAAGCCCACUCCGCUGCCGAGGCAGAAGGCAAAGUCGCCCAAGCCAAGACGGAUCAACAAGCCCUGCACCCGGCCGCCGUUCCGAAAGCCAGUGGCAACGCCACCACGACCCCUAUUAACGGGCAAGAAGAAUCCGUCGAACCCCAAACCGAAGCCCAAAAACAAACCAAAGCCACCACCGAACUAGGCUACUGCACGGUAUGGGUCGGCACGACCGAGGAGCGGUCGUCAGACCACCCGCCGCCGCCGCCUGUGGACGAUACCUCGUCGUGGCGUCUGACGUCGCCGGACGCGGGCAUCGCUGUGGCGUACCUUCCCCUCCUGGCCAACGAGGUCGCCGUGCCGGGCGUCGACGUGGCUAUGAGCGACUACAUGAGCACGUGGAACUUUGUUUACACCCCAAAACAAGUCGACGAUGUGGUGCGCCUGGCGCGCGCCAAUUACGCCGAGGGUAAAGAACAAAUCCGCGCCACGGUGCGCGCCGUCUACGAGCGCAAGAGGAAGCGCCGCCUCGAGGCGCAGGCUGAGGAGCGGUUCCGGGCCCUCGUCAGGCGCGGGGUUUUGCUUGGGAGGUGGGGGGAGGGGGAUCAUUUUAGUUAG